AUGAAGCACGCCAAUUUUGGACACAAUUUAUCAAAACAUGAACUGCAAAAGAAAGCAAAUGAUCUGACAAAACGUUUGAAGCAACAGCAAAAUGUGUUUGAUAAAACUUCCUCUUUGCAAAGGAACGCGACAAAGGCAAGUUUUAUAUUGGCCAACAAAAUUGCAAAGCAAAACAAGUCAUUCGCAGAAGCAGAAUUUAUCAAAGAUUGUAUGGUUGAUGCUGUCAGCGUUGUGUGUCCUGAAGUUAAGUCAAAAGUAGAAGCCAUUUCCCUGUCACGAAGAACUAUUGUUCGUCGCAUUGAUGCAAUUGCCGUAAGUAUUCAUGAACAGCUGUUAACAGCCAGUGGUCGAUUUCAGUGGUUUUCUAUUGCUUUAGAUGAGAGUACUAAUAUUCAGGAUACUGCUCAGUUACUCAUCUACAUCAGAGGAAUUGACGAAAACUUUGAAAUUACAGAGGAAUUGUUAUCUAUGGAGUCUCUCAAAGACACUGCUACUGGAAAAGAUUUGUUCAACAGUGUCAUUAACAGUUCAAUCAGGUCUGGAUUAACCCUAAAUAAACUGGCCAGCAUUACAACCGAUGGAGCUCCUUCACUCACCAGUAAACAUUCCGGCCUUGUGAAGUUGUUGAAUGACAAAAUCAAAGAAGAUUUUCCACUACACAUGAAUUUAAUAAGAUCACGGGGAUUGAAACACAGGCAAUUCCGAAGUUUCUUGGAGGAUGUGGAGGCUGUUUUUACUGAUGUGCUGUACUACACAAAUGUCCGCUGGUUAAGCAUUGGAAAAGUUCUUAAGAGAGUAUGGGACCUCAAAGCAGAGAUUCUUAUGUUUCUCAAAAUGCAAGACAUCUCCUGUGACUUUUUAAACGAAAUGGAGAGUGACGAAUGGGUUUGUGAUUUUGCAUUUGCUGUGGACAUAAUGCAGAAGCUGAAUGAACUUAACACAAAACUGCAAGGCAAAGGUAUAUUUGCUCAUGAAUUGUACCUGGAAGUGAAAGCUUUUCAAUGGAAGCUUGGACUUUUUGCCAAGCAGCUGAAUGAGCAAAAAUUUAUUCACUUCCUCUGCUGA